AUGAUAGCUAACAACAGAACAGAUAGAUCCAGGUCGCCUCACAGGACCGACAAUGUUGGUCGCAGACGCGAUAAUAAAACUCAAGAUUCUACUAAAUCAAUGGAUAACAUGCCCAAUGUCAUGAAUCCUAUGAUGAUGACCAAUAUGUUUCCACAAGCUAACAUGAUGAUGGCCAGCGGAAUGUACCCCAACAUGAUGCUGCCUGGGCCAAUUAUGGGUGGAGGCAUGAUGCCUGGCCCAGGAAUGGAAAUUAUGCAAGGUCCUGGUAUGGAUAUGGGCCCACCACCACCUAUGGACAUGUCAGGAAUAGGAGGUCCACCUAUGGCAUCCGCACCUGCUCCGCCUAUGGAAAUGGGAAUGAUGGGUGGAAUGAUGAUGGAUCCUAGCAUGAUGGGAAUGUUUUCUAAUAUGAGUGGAGAUGUACCUUCUAUGCAGGAAAAGAAAGAAUUAGUUUUUAAGCAUGCCAGGCUUUCUCCUCCUGACUCAGGCACUCCUCAACCUCCCCGUCGAGGUAAACCUCCUGGUUGCCGAACUAUAUUUGUAGGUGGCUUACCAGAUAAAAUUAGAGAAAACAUUGUGAGAGAAAUUUUUGAAACUUAUGGAAGGAUUCAUACUUUGAGAUUGUCAAAGAAAAAUUUUUGUCACAUUCGUUUUGAUAGAGAGGAAUGUGUAGAUCAGGCAAUGAUGAUAUCCGGGUAUCAUAUUAAAUUGAUAAAUAUUAGUGACAAUGAUGAUAUGAAUGAAGAUGAUGAUGAUGAUGAAAGUUCAAAUGCUACAUCUGGUUGGUUACAUGUCGACUAUGCAUUGAGCCGUGAUGAUCAGAAUGAUUUUGAGCGGCGACAGAGACAAGCUUUACGAGCACAGCAAGUACAGAUGCAACAGAUGAAUGUUCAGCAAGAAAUUGUUCACCGCAACAUAAACCCAUUUGUGGAUCUAAGGAGAAGAUCACCAUCACCACCAAGUAGAGUACAACCUUAUACUAAUGCUUCUAUGGUGCAGCUAGCAGAAAAACUAAAAAAUGAGGAGCAAUUUGCAAUGACUUUACCAACAUUACUUGCAUGGUUGGAACGAGGAGAAUGCUCCAAGAAAAAUGCCAAUCAGUUUUAUACAAUGAUUCAAGCAACAAAUACACAUAUACGCAGAUUAUUUAAUGAGAAAAUGCAGGCUGAAGAAGAACUACAGAAUUGCAAGGAUCGUGUCAAGAACCAUAUAGCAAGUGUGAUUGAACAACUCGAACAGGUGGCGAAAGUGUUUGCCGCAGCGUCUCAUCAACGUGUAUGGGAUCACUUCACAAAACCGCAGAGAAAGAACAUUGAGACGUGGCAGAAAAUGACACAGGAGUUUAGUUCACUGAAAGAAGAAUUUCUUGAAAAGUUUGGGGACGAUCGCGAUGGUGAUUACAAUGGCUUGAGUCGAGCCUCAGAAAGUGAAGAAUUGCAACAAUUGAAACGUGAAAAUGAGAGCCUACAAUUUCAAUUGGAAGCAUAUAAAAAUGAAAUUGAAGUCGUAAAGUCCGAUACUAUGAAGGAGAUGGAGAAAUUCAAGGCGCAGUUUAUUGCACGACAAGCCUUACAAUGUGCCCUGGACAAAAAUCCGCCUCUGCCAUCGCCGAUUGUAAAACCACCCCCGCCGCCACCUCCGCCGUUGCCUGAGGAUGUGCACUCAUCAGGGCAUUCCAAGGAGACUGUAGAGGCAGGCUGCGGAGAAGCCAAGCUAAUUGGCGUUAUGUCGGCUUUCUUACAGGUACACCCACAAGGGGCUAGCUUGGACUACGUAGUAUCGUAUGUCCGCGCCCUCUUCCCACAGGUCUCUCAAGCUACAAUACAUCAUGUGCUGCAAAAACACACGGAUGUCUUCGAACGUACUACAAGCGGAGUCGGCGCUAACAUUGAAAAUAAAUGGUACUUCAUUGCAUUCAACAAAAUCAUCAAUAAUGACAAGAAAACUUAA